CGAAUGGCACACCGGAGAUGAUGAAGCCGGAGAGUGUGUCGCUGCAUCCUCUGGGCGCAGCAGCUGCCCCUGCGCCGGAGAUGCUGUGUAUCUUUGGGACGGGGGACUUGGGGCGCUCUCUGGGCCUGCGUCUGCUCCAGUCCGGCUACAGGGUGGUGUACGGCAGCCGCAGACCUCACAGCUGUGGCCCCUUGCCGCAGGGAGCUCAGGUGAUGAGUCAUGUAGCAGCAGCCCAGUCAGCCAGUCUGAUCUUUGUUUGUGUUCACAGAGAACAUUAUGAAUUCCUGGAGACAAUGGCACCACAUCUUGCGGGAAAGGUGCUGGUGGACCUCAGUAACAACCUGAAGAAAGACAUGUACCCAGAAACCAACGCCGCCUACCUGCAGAGACUGGUCCCUGGAGCUGCUGUGGUGAAAGGCUUUAACACACUGUCUGCCUGGGCCCUGCAGAAUGGACUUCUGGCAGGAAAACAGGUGUACCUGUGUGGGAACAGUGCAGAAGCAAAGCGGGCAGUAGCAGAGAUGGCCACUAAGCUGGGCCUCACUGUUCUGGAUAAAGGGUCUCUGUCUGCAGCCAGAGAGCUGGAGGACUUCCCCCUACGGCUGUUCCAAGAGUGGAGGCUGCCGCUAUGUGUGGCCGUUGGCCUCACUGCCUUCUUCUUCUUCUAUCUCCUCAUCAGAGAUGUCAUCUACGGGUAUGUUGAGCAGGGGAAAGACAUCUCCUUCAGGAUCACGGUGUCCCUGGGCAACAAGGUGUUUCCCAUUGUGUCUCUCAUCAUGUUGUCGCUGUGUUACCUGCCUGGUGUCAUAGCUGCCUUCUUACAGCUCUACAGAGGAACCAAGUACAGGCGUUUCCCUGAUUGGCUGGACCGCUGGAUGCUGUGCAGGAAGCAGAUGGGUCUGAUUGCACUGGGCUAUGCUUUUCUCCAUGCCAUCUAUACAUUCAUCACUCCUACCCGCUAUGCUGUCAGACACAAGCUCAUCACGCUUGUGGUAGAUGAGAUGAAGAACAAUAAAACCACUCCGUUUUACUUUGAUAACACCGAGGCAUGGGCACAGGACUCAUUCUACGUGCUGGGAAUCCUGGGCUUCUUUCUUUAUGUCCUGCUAGGACUAACAUCCCUGCCCUCUGUGGGAGGCUCUCUCAGCUGGAGAGAGUUCAGCUUCAUUCAGUCUAAACUGGGCCACCUGACCCUGAUCAUAUGCACGACACAUGGCUACAUUUACGGCUGGAACAAAUUCCUUCGUCCCUCUACCUACAAAUGGUACACUCCACCUGGCUACAUGCUCUGUCUGAUUGUGCCUUCUGUGGUGCUGGUGCUCAAGGCGUUGAUCCUUCUCCCCUGCGUGGAUCGAAGCCUAACCCGCAUUCGUCAAGGCUGGGAGAGGACCCAGCCGAAGGAGGAGAUGGGUAAGGCCACCAACCUGUGA